AUGUAUAGAGUCUCCGUCCUGCUGCUCGCCUUCUUUUGGGCCAUAUCAUUUGUCGCCGCCCAGUUCUCAUUCUUUGACCAAAUGUUCGGCCACCAACAGCCUCAACAACAACAGCAACCUCCUUCCGGAGGAUCCCAAUGGGCUUCGAAUAUAGAGAGUGUCUCUUGUUCCCGAUAUCUAUGCCCCACGCUCGAUUGUGUCGCAACUCCUCACGAUUGCCCGUGUCCUGACCAGGAAGAUGUUAAAUGCAUCAUACCAGAUGCCGAUGACAAGACUGUUGGAACUGUUGUUUGUGCGAGGGGACCAGACGCUUGUCUAUCUGUGGAACGGUUAAUCUGGAGAUUGGCAGGGCGGUAG